AUGGACCAUUCGGAAGGGAAUCAAUUGACUGAUGACUGUAAUAAACAUCCGGCAAAAAAUGUUAAUAAACGGGCAAAUGAAGAGUCUUCCAGUGACGAUGAAAAAAAUAGUAAAAAGAAGAGCAAAUCGGCUUCUAAAUACCUUACAUCAUCGAAUUUUGUCAUAAACAAAGAAGCAAUCCCAGAGAUAGCCGAUGAUUCACUUAAUGAUGAACUAAGACAACUCGGUGUGACCUCUUUCAGUCAAACAGCAUACGAAAAAGGUGUUAUUGACCAGCUGGAAAAGGCAAUUGAGAAUACCGCGAAUAAUGGACUGGUCAGCAGUGUCACCGAUGCUCCAGAGGAAGACCUGCCAAUCAAUCCGGCUAUUAAGCCAGAUGAAAUAAUCAAUUUUAUUGAAAAUGAAGAACAGCAAGAGGCAGAAACUGAAAAAGAAGCAAGCGAGGAAUCACCAGAUGCUUCUGAAGAUGAAUGCAGUGCUGAUGAUGAUUCAAAAGAUCCAGACUUUGUUGUUGGUGACACCGAAAUGGACACCACUGACGGCCCAGAUUACAGUCAGCUAAAUGAAUGCUUCGAUGACGACUCUGUUGAUCAGUUUAUUGAGGCUCCUGAAAGCUGUAAUGUGCCACAUAAAAAGAGAAAUAAAUCAUCAGUUCCUCUUGAUUAUGUAUCGAAAUCAACAGUGAGGAAGGAAAUCUUUGAUGAUGGAAAUGCCAAACUGUACAAGAAACGCUUGGCAACGCAUAGGCUGUUCCUUGCCGAAAACAAACUCGACAUUGACGAGGAUUACAACGAAGUAAUCAGAAUCAGUGACCAGGAGGAUCUUCUCAUUCCUAAACGCAUUUGGGAUCGCUUAUUCGUACACCAACAGCAGUGUUUGCAGUGGCUCUGGUCUUUGCACAAGGACUUUUGCGGUGGAAUCAUCGGCGAUGAAAUGGGCCUGGGCAAGACCAUUCAGGUGAUCGCCUUCCUGGUGGCUCUAAAGCACACAAAGUACAGAGAAGUUGGCCAUUUGUACAAAACGCUGGGACCAGUUCUGUUGGUGUGUCCGGCCACUGUGAUGCACCAGUGGGUGCAGGAGUUUCAGUCCUGGUGGCCGCUCUUUCGUGUGGCCAUUCUCCACACUUCCAGCACCUUCAGAGGAGACAAGAAGAAGCUGAUUCGCGACAUCUUCCAGUCAAGUGGCAUUCUCAUUACCAGCUACAAUGGCGUCUGCUUGUGGAGUAAAGAGCUGAGCCAGUUAAGCUGGCAUUACGUUGUUCUCGAUGAAGGUCACAAGAUACGCAAUCCCAACAGUCAAGUGGCUCACUGCUGCAAGCUGUUCAAAACGCCUCAUCGACUUAUCCUCUCUGGCUCACCCAUGCAAAACAACCUCCGUGAGCUGUGGUCGCUCUUUGACUUUAUCUACCCCAACAAGCUUGGCCAACUACAGGACUUUAUGCGUGAAAUUGCUGAACCUAUUCGUCGAGGUGGCUACGUCAAUGCCUCAGAUUUGCAAAUUAAAAUUGCCUACAAGUGCACUGUCAAGCUGAGGGACACGAUUCAGCCGUAUCUACUGCGAAGAAGCAAGGAGGACGUCAACCAAACACUGCAACUGCCGCCCAAGUCUGAGCAGGUGCUCUUCUGUAAGCUGACCGAUAAGCAGAGAGACGUCUACACUCGCUUCCUCGCCACCGACAUCAUUCGCGACAUCAGUCGCGGAGAUGCAGAGGUCUUUUCAGCGCUGAUUAAAAUUCGCAAAAUUUGCAAUCACCCGUACCUCUUUCACCCACUCGAUUAUGAAAGCGACCCCUUCAAUGGCAGCUUUUUUCGAGAUUCCGGCAAGAUGGCCGUCGUACAUGCACUUCUGAAGCUUUGGCGCAAGCAAAAGCACAAAGUGCUGUUAUUUUCACAAAGUCGACAAAUGCUCGAUCUCUUGGAGAGAUUUGUUCAACUAAAAGGAUAUUCGUAUCUGCGAAUGGACGGCACAACGGGCAUCGGUUCACGACAAAGUCUGAUAAAGGAGUUCAACACCAAUGCUGAUUGCUUCAUCUUUCUGCUCACUACCAAAGUGGGCGGCAUUGGCGUAAACUUGACCGGCGCUGAUCGAGUCAUCAUCUACGACCCUGACUGGAAUCCGUGCACUGACAUUCAGGCAAGAGAAAGAUGCUGGCGAAUCGGUCAGGCAAAUGACGUCAUCAUCUACCGCCUGUUGACUGCGGGCACUGUCGAGGAGAAGAUCUACCAUCGACAGAUCUACAAGCAGUACCUAACCAAUUCGGUUCUUAAAGACCCUAACCAUCGGCGUUUCUUCAAAAUUAAUGAUCUUCGAGAACUGUUCACGCUUAGCUCCUUUAACCAGACAAGUCUGAUGUUUUCAGAGUCAAAGGUGAAGUUCAAGAAUGUGGAUACUUCAAAAAAGAAUAAGUCAAAGACGAAGAAGGAUUUGCAGACGAGUGUGAACAAUCAGCCUGAAACGGAUGUUUCAACAAGUUCUCCCGUACCAAAGAUUCCUAAAAUUCCAAAAUUAGGCAAUCCUGAUAACGAAUCAAUCUCAACAGCAGGGACACUAUCUGAAGAAAAACGACAACAGCUAAAAGAGAAAGCACGCCAGGCGAGCAAACUUUUGGUUUCAAAAUUUGGUAAAGACAUCAAAGAGGAGGUAGCCGAUGGUGGUGCAAGUACCAGCACAAGUUUACCUGUUAAAAUAGAUGAUGCGGCCAACAAAUUUAAAAAACCUAAGCGAAUCAAAGAGGGGACUAGAUGCGAAGGGAAGCGUAUCAAAAGUCUGGUCGCUUCGGAAGACUACGAAGAGAAUGAGGAGGAGCGAGGGCAAAGGAGAUCAAAAUCAAGCAGAAGUAAGCCCAAACAAAAAGACGCCAAAAAGGAGGACUACCUUCUCAAGGGCUUGCUCGGCGACGCGCUCGAGUCUGUCCUGCAGCAUGACACCAUUGAGAACGUCAGGGCUCCCGAUCACUACUAUAUUGAAGCUGAAUCGGAACGAAUUGCAAAUGAGGCUAUCGCAAAGAUUGUCAACACUUCUAGCCGAUCAAUGGGUGCCGAUUUACAAGCCACACCAAGCAAUGUUGGAGGUGAUAGUGCAGUUUCCAGGCAAGUCAAUGCAGAAGCUCUGGCAAAAAUCAUGCUAACAAGUGGACCAUCCUGCUCUAUGGGCGAUCCAAAGAGCAGCAGCUCUAAUAUCAUUAAACUGCUGAAAUCAAACUCUCUAAAGCAGAGCAUUAGUGUAUCGGGCAACAGCGCCAACUCUAGUGGUGCUUACUUUCGCGGUGAAAGGGACCGAAAUCAGCAGCAGCACCAGACGUCUUCAUCGAGCAGCACCGGUCGUAUAAUUGAGAACAAUGAGAUGCUCUGUCAGUUGGUUGAUUUUGUGCGGUUCAAGGCAUCUUUACCCUACCAGGCAACUACGAGCGAAAUCAUGCACCACUUUGAAAAUCGUCUUUCACCGGAGAAAUGUGCCAUUUUCAAAGCAAUGCUUAAGAAGGUUUGCGACAAAAAGGAGACUGGUGGAAAAGUCAUUUGGAAACUUAAAGAGCCUUUCCGCACGUAG